GUGACCACGUCCCACGCCUAGUCCCGCUGGCCGCUGUCGCCGAAACACGGGCAGCAGGAGCAGUAGCGUCCGUCCGGUCCGCGCGCGUUCCCCUCCCCGACCGGCAGGUUCCCCGGCCAUUCAUCCGUUUCCCACUGCUCCUCCGUGGCUCAGCUCUGCUCCCUGUAUCGGUCUGCCCCUCUGCCCUCCCGGUCUCUCCUCUUCCCGUCCCGCCCAGCGCGUCCACCAAGGAAGCCCCCACGCCACGGCAUGGGGAUCGUGGAGGAGGCGCACAACCUGCGCGUGGUGGGCGAGGGGAAGCGCGGGGUCAUCGUGCUGGCGCACGGCUUCGGCACCGACCAGUCCGUCUGGAAGCAUCUGGUGCCGCACCUCGUCGCCGACUACCGCGUCGUGCUCUUCGACACCAUGGGCGCCGGCCCCACCAACCCGGACUACUUCGACUUCUCCCGCUACUCCACGCUCGAGGGCUACGCGCUCGACCUCCUCGCCAUCCUCCAGGAGCUCGGCGUCCAAUCCUGCAUCUACGUCGGCCACUCCGUCUCCGCCAUCAUCGGCGCGCUCGCGUCCAUCUCCAGGCCUGACCUCUUCACCAAGCUCGUGCUCCUCUCCGCGUCCCCAAGGUACCUCAACGAUGUGGACUACUAUGGCGGGUUCGAGCAAGAUGAGCUGGAUGAGCUGUUUGAGGCGAUGCAAUCAAACUACAAGGCCUGGUGCUUAGGUUUUGCACCCCUGUGUGUUGGAGGAGAUAUGGAAUCAGUGGCAGUUCAGGAGUUUAGCAGGACACUCUUCAAUAUACGUCCGGACAUUGCACUAAAUGUUGCCCAGACGAUCUUCCAGAGCGAUGUGCGCAGCCUCCUCCCGCACGUUAGUGUCCCAUGCCACAUUGUUCAGAGCACCAAGGAUCUCGCGGUGCCAGUUGUGGUGUCUGAGUACCUGCACAGGCACCUUGGUGGCGACUCCAUCGUGGAGGUGAUGCCCUCUGAAGGCCAUCUUCCCCAGCUUAGCUCUCCAGACAUCGUAACCCCUGUCUUACUCCGGCACAUCCAGCAUGACAUCGCAGUCUAGGUUGGCCAGUCGUUCCAACAAGACAAUG